UGCUUCAGGUAAAGUGUUGCAUAUUUAGACGGAAAAACUUAAUCAGAGGUAUUGUUAAAUACAUUGUUGUAAAGCGGGUUUCUCGUCAGACAUAUAUUCAUUACCUGGUGCGGAAUGAGCAUAAACCAAAACUUGAAAUGCUCCGAGUAGGACGUGUCAUCGCGAGACUUCGACGAGUUUGGUUGAGCAAAUGCCACGUCUGACAAGCAGCAUCACCGCAGACGUGAUUAUCAGCACUUUUCCCUCUCAGGACUCUGCGUUAUCUAGUGGCAAAACAAGACGGCAUAUCAGAAACCACUCGGCUCCAGAAUGGGCUGCGUACGUCUGACACUGACACUGGCUGCAUCUGCUGUACUGCUGUUAGCCUCUCAACCCGCCACGGCUCAUAGCCAUUCCCAUGGCGGCCACGGCCACCACCACCAUGGCCACUCGCACGGGGAGGAUGAUGGACACGCUCAUGGUUCUCAGGUGAAGAUGUUCCACGGAGCGAGCAAGUGGAGCGCGGAGGCCAACCUAGCUCAGCACGAAGAGGAGGAUCACGGGCACGCUCAUGGUCACGAUCACGGGCACGCUCAUGGCCACGAUCACGGGCACGAUCACGGGCAUGCUCAUGGCCACGAUCACGGGCACGAUCAUGGGCACGAUCACGGGCACGCUCAUGGCCAUGAUCACGGGCACGAUCACGGGCAUGCUCACGAUCACGGGCACGCCCACGAUCACGGACAUGGAGCAGAGAGAGUGAAGAGAGAAGCGGAUGGCCAGAAAAGGGACUUGGUGGAGCUGUGGACACAGGCUAUCGGAGCCACCCUGCUGAUCAGCGCGGCUCCAUUCCUCAUCCUUUUCCUGAUCCCAGUCCAGUCCAACAGCGACCAGCACCAGAACCUGCUCAAGGUGCUGCUGAGUUUCGCGUCUGGCGGACUGCUGGGUGAUGCCUUCCUGCACCUCAUACCGCACGCUCUCGAGCCUCAUUCCCAUCAUGAAGAUGGAGAUGAUGGACACUCUGCAAGUGAAGAGUCACAUGACCACGGCCACUCCCAUGGAGCAGCCCACGGUCACAUGAUGUCCGUUGGUCUGUGGGUUCUCGGGGGGAUCAUCGCCUUCCUGGUUGUUGAAAAAUUUGUGCGUCUGCUGAAGGGAGGGCAUUCCCACAGCCACUCUCAUGCUGCUCCUAAAGAAAAGGACAGUGAUGGAGAGGGGGAAGAGGAAAAGAAGACAAAAGAGAAGAAAAAGAACAAAGAUGCAAAGGUGCGAGAGACGCAGGAGAAGAAGGGUACAGAAAUCAAGGUGUCCGGUUAUCUGAACCUAGCGGCUGACUUCACGCAUAAUUUCACCGAUGGCCUGGCAAUCGGCGCCUCAUUCCUCGUCAGCCCAGCCGUGGGCGCCGUCACCACCCUGACAAUCCUGCUCCACGAGGUUCCACAUGAGAUCGGGGACUUUGCCAUCCUUGUUCAGUCUGGCUGCACUAAAAAGAAGGCCAUGUGUCUACAGCUGCUGACCGCAGUGGGAGCUCUGGCCGGGACGGCGUGCUCCCUGAUGGCCGAAGGCGUGGGCGCCACGGCCACCGCCUGGAUCCUCCCCUUCACAGCUGGUGGGUUCGUUUACAUCGCCACCGUGACGGUGCUCCCUGAGCUGCUGGCUGGCCGCUCCAGUUUCGGCCAAUCCCUCAUGGAGAUCCUGGCGCUGCUGUUCGGAGUCGGCAUGAUGGUUCUGAUCGCGGAGUACGAGUGAAGCGCUCGAUUGGAGCGGCAAACUUUUUACGGCACAAGACUUGGGAGGAGGAGAACGGAGACGCUGAGAGGGAACAGCUGGUUUUACACAGAAUUUAAAUGAUUUGUUUUAUUACGAGUUUUUUUUUCUUCUUUUUUUUUGUGUUUUUUAGUUUUUUUUACCAAGAGGUCCACUUUUUCUUUAUCUUUUUUUUUACAAGAAAGAACUGAAAAAUAAUGAAUGGACAAUAACUGUUAAUCAGGAUAAAGAGUUCUGCAGCAGUCCAGUAGGAUGAGCCUGACUUCUGCACGAACAGCAGAGCGACUCCUCAGACGAGGAGCCGAGAGAAGGGUUGUCGGUUCGACACCGACCUGCACCGAUGUCCAACUUUAAUAUCUUUUUGUUUGAUACUGAUGAAUGUUAACAUUUUUCUUUUUACAUUCCACACAAAAAUGAAAUGUUGCUUCUGUUGAUGUGGUCACACUGUGCUUUGUGCUGAAAGAAAUAUUUUUCAAUAACUUGUUCUCCUGAGAUGAACUUGGCUGGAUGUCCCCAAAUAAAGGUCCAUCGUUUUCUCUUAUCUGCUCCUCAAUAAAUGCAAAAAUCAAAUGCA